AACCUAUAACACAACAUGUGGAGAAGGUGAUAAAAAUGUGAAGUUCUAGUUGCAGUUACGGGCUUGACUCAUUGCCACAACUCCACUACCGGUUUGGGAGUGUUGAAAGUCAAGACAUGAAACUUAACACUGCUUGACUCAAUAAGGAUUUAUUUCACAUUCCAAGCCAGCAAUUUAGCUUGCAGGCACCUCAACCUACCACAAGGAGUCGCUAGAGUACUGUGAGACAACACACCCCUGCUUGAUAUUUACCAGUCUGCCCCAUGUAGCACUGAGCCAAAUUGUGCUGCUGUCUUAAGGGACCCUGAACACAAGUAACCUAUAUCCAAACUCCUGGCUGCAAUGACGCAGUAAUGGUGUGAGACAGUGACUUCAAGACCUAGACUACAUUCAGGAGCCACACCACCCUUUUAAGUACAUCAUAACUCAGUUAAUCUGCAAGCUCACACGCUUUCCUUAGUCGAAGUGGGACUACCGAAGACCUUAGUCCAAAAGCUUUGCAAGACCCUCGUAUUGAGUUUAAUUUGUUUUUAUGGAUUUUUCUAACAGUUCUUGUUAGCAAAAUUACUCUCACAUAAUGGUUGGAAUUCUGGUUGCUGGUUAUACCACUGGCUUAUGGUGAAAUGUUCCUACUGUAUAUGUGGUGGUGGAACUGUUAUUGGUGUUGGACAACAUAUUUUAGCAUAUUUACCUUUGUUAUGCUAAUUCUAGGAUAUAAAGAUUGUCUUUAUUUCAAAUAUUUCUGUAUUGUAUAUUGUACACAGUGAACUAAGACACCAUUGAAUAAUGUUUUGUGAGGGUGUGAGCAAGUGGGUCAGGUAUUCUAGAUUGUUUUCAAUCAGUUAUUUUGUCAAGUUUAUUCUACCAAACAACAAAGCAAUAUACCUAUCCCAAGAUCCUCUGUAGUGUGAAUGGUUUUACCUGUUCUGUUGCAGGUGAAUCAGGUGAACUAAUUUGAGUGAUUACAAAGCCCAUAAACAGGUGAAUCAGGUGAACUAAUUUAGGGCUAUGGAACAAUUGUGAAGUGUCUUGAGGUGUCCCCAGAAAAAAAGUUUGGACACCACUGACCAGUAGUCUACAGUGGAUUCCUGGCUGUGGCAUUUCUCAAGUCUUCGAUAAAGCUUUCUGAAUUGUCUCACCUUAAGAGACAUUUAUUGUAAAGAAAAAUAAAUGGACGGUUUAUGUUGCUAGUUCAUUUUCAACCACUAAUUCUGUCUGUGAUCAAAUGGCCCAAAGCUUAACUUUCCUAAUGGCAUUAUUGAAAGCUUACUGUAAAACUCAGCAUCUUGAAUCCUGAUUGGCUGAAAGCAAUGGUUUAUGAAACCAUAUGCCACAGUUAAGGAAAAGGAGAAAAGGUGUGCAUUAUUCAGAUGAUUGGAUUAAAGAGGAAAACUGGAUUGAAGGGGAGGAAGUCUCAGAACAUACCAGUAAAAGUAUCGAUACUUCAGUCAUCCCACUCGUGGGGGACAGUGAUCUGUCAGAGUACGGAGACAGACUGUCCACAUUUUACAGUCAGGACAAUUACAUGGAGGACAUAACCGAGAACUUCCGAGGCAGAUUAGGAUGUAUAAGGGACCAACAAACACGCAGACUGAAGACAGGACUAUUGGGCAAUACCAACGCCAAGAAGAAGCAAAGAAUAAUUGAACUCGGCUGGAUGGACUUCAAUGAAAAAGACCAAGAUUACAAACAGGUCAGGACAGUAAACGGAGGGGGCACAAGACACCUCUACGUCGACAAAAAGAAAACUGUUGAGGAAAUCCAAGUAAUGGCGGAGGAGAUCUUUUUCCCGAAUGGACUGUCAAAGAAAGAAACACAACUAGGGGACUAUCAGAGAGAAAUCCGAUGGAGGUAUUGUCAGGUGAACAACUCCAGCACCGUGGAUGAACUUUAUGGGGAAACCAAAGUAGGAUGCCUUCGACUCUAUCUCUGCACCAAGGCACACAAUGUCAGAGAUUUCAGGGUUGUGGCGCUCCAGUCUAGUGGUUAUUAGUUUUUGCCUGAGGUUCUUGUGAUUGAUCCUAUGUCAUUAAAUGGAUUAUAGAUUAUUCAUCCGUCUCAAGGCUUGGCGAGGCCCACUGAUCGUGAUAGCAUAGAAUAAUGUAUUCUAAAGGCUAAAUGAGGGGGCCCAGGCAUAUAUCUUUUCGGGGCAACCAGGAUUCCUGGCCACGGUCCUGCCUGUAGUUCUUGUGAACAAUUAUAAUUUAAUUUGUUAGGUUAUAGACUGCUUGUUUCUUACAAAACAAUAAUGUUUGAUUAAUUCUAUUGUUGACGUAUAUAAAAAUGUUGUCAGCUGAAA